CUGUUCUUGUAACCUAUCAGAUUCACAAAUCAUAUCGGCACUCAACAGUGUCUGAUUCAGAUUCCCUUUUUGCAUUUCAUUUUUACACUAAAAUAUUCAUUCACAUGUUAGUGAUGGAGAUCAAUAACAUUAAUAUUAGUAAAAAGUUCCUCUAAAAAAAAAAUUCCCUAGUAAAAAAUUUCCGUGGAACCCUGAGCCUUUCCCUGUUUCCUAAAGCAAUUAAUUUCUCACAUACCCAUAAUUGUUUAUGGUUUUUUUCAUUUCAAUGGCGUGAAAAUUUCUUAUUUUCUUUCUGCUUUCUCUCAAAAUCCCAGUUUGCAAGAAAAGCCAUUCUUGCAACUACUGUGGGUGAUGACAUUCCAACAAUCAAAUAUUCUCUCGCUCCAACCCGCGAACAGACCUUGAGUGAGUAUAAGUUGCAAUAUUUGGUUCUUGAGGCAGACAUUUAGCGAUAAAGUUGUGGGCUUUUCUCGAUUUUGGGUUCUCUUCUGUUGAUUCAGUGAAGAGUUUGAACAAUGAGGAUUGGGAGAUGGGUUUUGGCAGUGAUUUUUGGUAUUGUGUUCUGGUCGAGGAUUGAAGCUUUUAAGUUCCAUAGGACUCAACAGACUGAGAGAAUCUCGGGUAGUGCCGGAGAUGUCUUGGAAGAUGAUCCCGUUGGAAGGUUAAAGGUUUUUGUUUAUGAGCUUCCACGCAAAUACAACAAAAAGAUUUUACAGAAGGACCCAAGAUGCCUCACCCAUAUGUUUGCAGCAGAGAUUUUCAUGCAUCGCUUCCUUCUAUCGAGCGCUGUUCGUACUUUUAAUCCUGAAGAAGCGGACUGGUUUUAUACACCUGUUUAUACUACUUGUGACCUGACAGCAAAUGGUCUCCCUCUACCGUUCAAGUCACCACGUAUGAUGAGAAGUGCUAUACAGCUAAUUUCUUCAAACUGGCCAUACUGGAAUAGAACUGAGGGGGCUGAUCAUUUCUUCAUAGUGCCGCACGAUUUUGGCGCUUGCUUUCACUAUCAAGAAGAAAAAGCUAUUGAGAGGGGGAUCCUUCCAUUGCUCCAACGAGCUACUUUGGUUCAAACUUUCGGACAGCGAAAUCAUGUUUGCUUAAAUGAUGGUUCAAUCAUAAUUCCUCCUUACGCCCCUCCACAGAAAAUGCAAGCCCAUCUUAUUCCUCCUACCACUCCUCGAUCCAUCUUUGUUUACUUCCGAGGAUUGUUUUAUGAUGUCGGAAAUGACCCAGAAGGUGGUUAUUAUGCGAGAGGUGCACGAGCGUCGGUGUGGGAGAACUUCAAGGACAACCCUUUGUUUGAUAUUUCAACGGAGCACCCAACGACCUACUAUGAAGACAUGCAGAGAGCUAUUUUUUGUUUAUGUCCACUUGGAUGGGCUCCAUGGAGUCCCAGGCUGGUCGAAGCAGUUGUAUUUGGCUGUAUCCCCGUUAUAAUAGCCGAUGACAUCGUCUUACCAUUUGCUGAUGCAAUUCCAUGGGAAGAUAUUGGUGUUUUUGUAGCAGAGAAGGAUGUCCCUAAGCUGGAUACCAUUCUCACCUCAAUCCCGAUCUAUGAAAUAUUAAGGAAGCAGAGGUUGUUGGCCAACCCUUCAAUGAAACAGGCAAUGUUAUUUCCACAGCCUGCUCAGCCAAGGGAUGCUUUCCAUCAGAUUUUGAACGGACUCGCUCGUAAACUGCCCCAUGAUAAGAGUGUCUACUUGAAACCAGGUGAGAAAAUCUUGAACUGGACUGCAGGGCCGGUGAGCGACCUUAAACCAUGGUAAACUGUCAACAUCCCCUGCGAAAAUGCGAAAUCAGACGCUUGUUCGUUUGUAGGUACUGAUCAUCCUCUGGAAGUGUAAAUUCACAAUGAGAGUUCAAAUCCAUUUUGCAGCUGUAGAUUUGUUGUAGUUUGUGACAGCGUUUGUAUUUAGACAGAGUAUAGAUUGGAAUAAAAUUACAAGUGUUUUAUUGUCAAA